AUGGCGAACACUUUGGCGGAUGGAGCGACUCCACUCCCGAACCUCACAAUGUCCGUCGAACAUACUGACGCCAUCGCGAUUGAGCAACCGAGCAGACGAAGGGGAAAGGCAAAGAUACUGAAGAGUCUUCAACGAAUUUCAUCCUCUCCUGCGCUCGCCCAAUUGGGCUCAAAGCGAACGAGGAACAGUCCCUAUGGCGGAAGAGCAGCUGUCUCGAGCAUGAGUUUGGCUUCGGCGAGCUCUCCACGAAGUUAUGACAUUUCUUACCCAUCCCAGUCAACCAUGGCUGGUUAUUCUACUGCCCCCACUACCCCGGGUCUCGAUUCUCCGUUCCUGAACAAUUCCAAUGGCAGUUUUUCGGGUCGCAAGCGGGAACAAGGAUCUCCCAGUACAAGCACUCCUACAAGUCCACUUUCAGGCUUGAGCCCACGACUUAUGGCAUCUUUUCCCGAAGAAUCAACCUUUCCCGAGGUAAUUGAGGACUACUUUACUCUCGCAAAGACUACGCGACAGCGAGUAAGACGAAUAAACUUUGAUUUUUGGGGCGAGAUACCACAUGAAAUGAGAUUGGCUAUUCUCGAGUAUCUCCUGCCAAAGGAAUUGGUACGAGCUUCGAUUGUGAGCAAGGAGUUUUAUAAAGCAUGCUUCGAUGGCCAACUUUGGACAUGUUUUGAUGCCUCGGAAUUCUACAAAGACAUACCCGCAGAAUCACUAUCUAAGAUAAUUGUCACUGCCGGACCAUUUGUAAAGGACCUGAACUUGAGAGGUUGCGUUCAAGUUGAGCAUUACAAACGAGCAGAAAUGGUGGUGAAGGCUUGCAAGAAUCUCAUAAAUGCGACUCUUGAAGGCUGCCGGAACUUUCAGCGUUCAACACUUCAUAGCCUCUUGAAAAGCAAUGAGCGACUUGCACAUUUGAACCUUACCGGCCUAACAGCAGUUACCAACGGGACCUGUAAGAUCAUUGCACAAUCGUGCCCAUCUUUGGAGAUGUUCAAUGUAUCUUGGUGUACACAUAUGGACGCUCGAGGUAUUAGAGCCGUUGUUUUGGGAUGCCCCAAGUUGAAGGACCUCCGGGCAGGUGAAGUAAGAGGCUUCAACAACCUUGACCUGGCUCAAAACAUUUUUGAAACCAACGGCUUGCAGAAAUUAGUGCUCAGCGGAUGUACUGAUUUGUCUGACAUAGCACUUCGGACUAUGGCCGUUGGUGAUGAUCCAGAAAUCGAUAUUCUCACCGAUCUUCCUCUUGUACCGGCAAGGAGAUUACAACAUCUUGAUCUCAGUCGAUGCAACCGACUAACCAGUGUCGGGGUAAAGACACUGGCUCACUUAGUACCGGAUUUGGAAGGUCUUCAGUUGAAUGGGUGCACUGCAUUAACUGACAAUGCACUUAUGGAUAUUGUAAAGACAACACCGCGACUCACUCACCUUGAAAUUGAAGAUCUAUCCCAACUUACAAACAUCUUCCUAUCCGAACAUCUCGCUAAAGCACCCUGCGCUCCUAGAAUGAAGCAUCUCUCCGUCAGCUAUUGUGAGAAUCUUGGUGACACUGGAAUGCUACCUGUCAUUCGUGCUUGCACCAGCCUUAGCACGGUUGAAAUGGACAAUACCAAAAUUAGUGAUCUUGUUCUAGCGGAAGCAGCAUCUAUGAUCCGAACCCGGGCCUCACGGACUACCAAUUCUCGCUCUCGACCUCAAGUUGGCCUCAGUAUGGAUGUCUUCGACUGUCAGAAUGUCACCUGGACUGGGAUCCGCGAAGUUCUCUCUCGCAAUUCCGAAGUUAGCAAGCCUACUGGUGCACAGAACGAGGCAACUUAUCCAACUCAGAUCAUUUCGAUGAAAUGUUUCCAUGUUUGGCAGCAGACAGUUGACGAGCAUAAGAGAAGGGUCCUAAAAGGCGAUCUUCCCGCUGCUGCGAGAUUGGAAAGGAAGUGGGCGGAGUAUAUGAUGGCGAAUGAGGAAGCCGGUGCUGGCGGUGCGGGUGCUCGGAGGAGACGACGAAGAGCUCGAGAAGCGCAGAUGCUCCAUGCUGACGAGGAAGAGGGUGGUCUUGGUAUGGGUGGUAUUGGAAGACGACGGAGAGCUAGGAGUAGUGGAUGUGCUAUUAUGUGA